AUGCUGUUUCUAAAACGAGAACUUGUGUUGGCUAUAACGCGAUUCCAUCAGUAUGCGGAGGAGUAUGCAUCAACGCCACAUGAUUGUUUCAUGAGCUUUGUCCUAAGCAUGUGCAAUGUUAGCGCUGAAAGAGUCUCCAUGCCUGCAUCACAUGAUCAUUUUGCAGACUUUAUGGUGAAGCGCUUUCUGCGAGAGGUACGUGCAGACGAGAAGCAUGCAAUGGCAUUUCCUCCCAAAGUGAAAAAAUUAAUUGACAAAGAACGCUUCAACUUAGAUCAAAUUGGAUUUGAAGAAGUGGAGAAUGAUGGCAAGCUGUCCUUUGAUGAGUUCAAGGCUUACUUUAUAGAUGGAGUCCUGAAUUCAGAAGAGAUGCAUGAAUUGUUUCGUACCAUUGAUAGCAAUAACACCGACAAUCUCAACAUUGAAGAAAUAUGUGAGUACUUUUCUCAACAUUUAGGAGAGUAUGAGAAUGUACUGGCUGCACUGGAGGAUUUGAAUAUUUCCAUUUUAAAGGCAAUGGACAAAACAAAGAAAGAUUACCAAGGCUCAUGUAACCUGGAACAGUUUGUGACUCGUUUUCUGCUGAAGGAAACAGUGAACCAACUCCAGUCUUUACAGAAUUCCUUGGAAUGUGCCAUGGAAACUACGGAAGAGCAGACACGCCAGGAAAGGCGGGGUCCAGUGAAACCAGAGGUCUUGUCAAUUAAUUGGUCAGGCAAGCGGUCCAGUCGAAGGCUUCAGAGAACUAAUAGUCUGUCUCCAAACAAUACAAAUUUCAGCAUCUUGAACUCAGCCAUCCAUGCAGAUGAGGACUUCCAGUGGAUGACCCAGAUAAACAGGCUUCAGAAGCUAAUUGACCGCCUGGAGAAGAAGCAUAUUCUAAUUGUUCAGCGACAAAUGUCUAUACUAGAAGAGGAACUAGAGGAAUUCCGUCUAGCUUUGAGGCAGUAUGUGGUAUCUGCAACUGCACAAACAGGAUGUUUGCACAUUUCUGUGCAGAAAAUUUCAGCUGAAUCGUGUUUUACACUUUAUGAAUUCUGGGAAAAUACCAAUCUUUGGAAAAACCACAUCCAGACUAAUUACAACAAAACCUUUCAGAGAAGUAAUGUAGAUUUCCUGGACACCCCAGAACUAAUAACAACAAUGCUUGUGCCUGCAUCAUGGUGGGUUCUGAAUAAUAACUGA